GGGGGGGGGGCGGGUGAAGGCGGAAGUGGUGGCGCCGGGUCCGGGAGUAGGAAGGAGCCGGGGCUGCAGCCGGAGUGGAGCGGCUGCCUGCCGAGGAGCCAGGCGCGGCCGCGGCGCCAUAUUUGCGGCCCUUAGCGGCCGCGACCGAGUCAUGGCCGAGACCUACGACUUCCUCUUCAAAUUCCUGGUAAUCGGCAGUGCAGGAACUGGAAAGUCAUGUCUGCUUCAUCAGUUCAUUGAGAACAAGUUCAAACAGGACUCCAACCACACGAUUGGUGUGGAGUUUGGAUCCCGGGUGGUCAGCGUGGGUGGGAAGACGGUGAAGCUACAGAUCUGGGACACGGCUGGCCAGGAGCGGUUUCGGUCGGUGACGCGGAGUUAUUACCGAGGGGCAGCUGGAGCUCUGCUGGUGUACGACAUCACAAGCCGGGAGACAUACAACUCUCUGGCUGCCUGGCUGACCGACGCCCGAACACUGGCUAGCCCAAACAUCGUGGUCAUCCUCUGUGGCAACAAGAAGGACCUGGACCCUGAGCGUGAGGUCACCUUUCUGGAGGCCUCCCGCUUUGCCCAGGAGAAUGAGCUGAUGUUCCUUGAGACCAGCGCUCUCACGGGCGAGAAUGUGGAGGAGGCCUUCCUGAAGUGUGCCCGAACCAUCCUCAACAAGAUUGACUCAGGUGAGCUGGACCCCGAAAGGAUGGGCUCUGGCAUUCAGUAUGGUGAUGCGUCCCUCCGCCAGCUGCGGCAACCUCGGAGUGCCCAGGCCGUGGCCCCUCAGCCCUGUGGCUGCUGAGACCUGCAGGGUCAGGUGGGACACUGGGGCCCGAGAGCUCAUCUGUUCUCCAAGACCAGCCCUGCCCUUCCGGCUGGGGCCUAGACCCAGGCCCCAGGAGGCCACGCCCCAACCUGCUCCAGCCCCAGAAAAGCUGCCCUGCCACUUUGUCCUCCUUCCCUGGCCUGGUGGGGCCUGGCUAUGGGGCAAGACUGAGCCACAGGGGAAGGGAGAACCCAUUCCUGCUGCUGCUUCCUCUGUCUUGGCUAACUUCUGUCUCCCUCACCCCUGAACCCCUAACCAGAACCCAAGAGCUUCCAAAGCUUGAGACCAGGGCCCUUUGGCCCCAACUUCCUGCCUGGCCCUGCUGUUGCGAGUACUGAAUACAUGUUAUUUAUUACCUGGAGGCCUGCCCCUGUCUCAAACCCUGCCCCAUCCACCAUAAAGCAUUGUUUACACCA